AUGGCUCCCGCCACCGUCAUUGCUCCCGCGCUCGCCUUCCACCUCCCCGCCAGCGUCUCCCUUCCCGCGCCAUCCCGCACGUCUUCCCCGCGCGCCGCCAUCCCAGCUGCAAGCUACCAUCGCUGCAGUGUCGCCAUUCGCCGUUCGUCUGUUUCGCGAUCGCCUCCCGUCGCCAGCAAUGCUGCAAAGAGCGUUUUCGCAACGAAAGGUGUUGCGGCGUUGCCAAUCGCAGUGCGACGAGGAGCAGCUGGUCCGCCGUCGCCCUCGUCGUUGUCGAUGUCGCCCACGUCACCAGCGAGCGGCAGCGCGCGUCGCAUCGCGCGGGAAAUUGCGGCCCGCGCGAAGCACUCCGUCGUCGCGGCGGCGGCGGGGGAUGCGGCGAGACUGCCCGAGGCGCUGUUGUUCGACUGCGACGGCGUUCUAGUGGACACGGAGAGGGACGGCCACCGCGUGUCGUUCAACCAGGCAUUUGAGGAGAAAGGGCUGGGAGUGACGUGGGACGUGCCGCUUUAUGGCGAGCUGCUCAAGAUUGGAGGCGGCAAGGAGCGCAUGACCCACUACUUCAAUCAAGUGGGCUGGCCGCAGGCUGCUCCCACCAACCCCGCAGAGCGAGCAGCAUUCGUGGCGGGGCUCCACAAGAGGAAAACGGUGCUCUUCAUGCAGCUUGUGGAGACGGGUGCGCUGCCGCUGCGACCAGGCGUCGCACGGCUGAUCGACGAGGCACUGGCAGCAGGUGUGCAGGUGGCAGUGUGCAGCACGUCCAACGAGAAGGCGGUGGGGGCGAUUGUGAGGGUCAUGCUGGGCGAGGAGCGGGCGCGACACAUGCGGAUAUUCGCGGGGGAUGUGGUUCCUAAGAAGAAACCCGACCCGGCAAUCUACAACCUAGCGGCCACUACUCUCAACCUCAACCCUGCACGCUGUGUGGUGAUAGAGGACAGUCACAUCGGCCUGACGGCUGCCAAGGCUGCCGGCAUGACCUGUGUUGUCACUAAGAGCGGAUACACAGCAGAUGAGGACUUCUCAGCGGCCGAUGCUGUGUCUGACGCCAUCGGUGACACUCCAGCUGACGGCUUCGACCUCCCCUUCCUCGCCUCGCUGCUGUGA